AUGCAUUUACGAACCUUUCCGGGAGCUCUUGCUCGGUGUGGUGUUUCCGUAGGAGGAAGUUCUGCGGUUUCACUAGGUUCUGCGAGUUCUUAACGAAAUUAAAUACGAUUCACGAGUUACUACGACUGGCGCGUUGAUGUUCUUUCGUAACUCGUAAGUUACGAUUGAACAAACGAAUGUUCUUUCUCGAUUCUUUUAACGGGGACUUGGUCGCGAGAAAAUUCGACAGGCACUGGUCGCAACACGAACGAAGCUUCAACCUUCAUCGAUCGAUUUGACUGAUUUUUGAGAUCCAGUCACCGAAAACUUCCAUCAUUCCGUCAAAAACCGAGUGCCGACCCGCAGGGUGGCGAUCAUUUGAUAAGGGUUCUAUCUACAAUAGGCUGGUAGGCCAGUCUAUUGGUGGGUGUGUAGAUAACUGCGGCAACUGGAAGUUGGCCCUGAACGCAGAGCCCCCGUGGCUUUGCUAGCACCCCCAUAGUGAUCUUGUCUUAACCCGCUUCCUCACGACUCACCCAAUUCUCAUUGACAGCUGCCUCUUUGCUGCCUAGCACCUACAGAGUAUUUAUAAAAAUUUACAAAAUAGUCAAUAUGAAGGUAACAAAUCUGGACGAACGUAUUCAUGUUUUGGACAGUGCGUCAAAUGUUACAACCGUCAUCAAAGACAUUGCACUGAGUGGAAUGCAAGAAGAAGCUUUUUAUGUGCUUGACAUUGGUGACAUUGUACGUAAACAUCAGAUAUGGAAGGAAAAAAUGCCACGCGUCAGCCCCUAUUACGCCGUAAAAUGUAAUGACAACUUAGUUGUGAUUGAGGUAUUGGCUGCUCUUGGUAUUGGUUUUGAUUGUGCAUCAAAAUCGGAGAUUAAUAAAGUAUUAAGUGUUGGAGUAGACUCAUCGAAAAUUAUCUUUGCCAAUCCUGCUAAGCCAGCAUCUCAUAUCCGUCAUGCUGCUGCUGUUGGAGUUGAUGCUAUGACAGCAGAUAAUGAAAGCGAGUUACAUAAGAUUAAGAAACUUCAUCCAAGUGCCAAGGUUGUUAUUAGAAUUCGUUGUGAUGCAGAAGUUGCUCAGUGUCAAUUGGGCAUGAAAUUUGGUUGUGAUCCCAUAUAUGAAGCACCCAAUCUUUUACGUCUUGCGCGUGUUUUGGGACUCAAUGUCAUCGGUAUUAGUUUCCAUGUUGGAUCUGGUUGUCAGGAUCCACCUGUAUUUUAUCGAGCUAUACGCGAAUCCAAGAUAUUGUUUGACUUAGCAACUGAUCUUGGUUUCAAGCCAUAUCUACUAGACAUUGGCGGUGGUUAUCCUGGAAAUAAGGGCACUAGCAUUGAUAAAAUUGCUAAUGUCGUUAAUGAUGCACUCGACGAAUUCUUUAAUACCGAUGCUGUUCACAUAAUCGCUGAACCUGGUCGUUUUUAUGUUGCCUCGGCAUUUACUCUUGCAACCAGUAUUCAUAGUAAGCGUUCAGUGCGUGGCGAUGAAAAUUCACCAAAUACGAUUACGCACAAUAUGUACUACAUUAAUGAUGGUGUCUAUGGCUCUUUCAAUUGUCUACUCUAUGAUCAUCAACAUGUAACUCCAAUACCUCUAAAGAAAGGUUGUGGAAAGAUGAUUCCCUCAAGUAUUUGGGGACCAACUUGUGAUGGUUUGGAUCAAGUCGUAGAAAACGUUAUGUUACACGAAAUGGAACUCGGUGAUUGGAUAAUUUUUGAAAAUAUGGGAGCAUACACGUUGCCAGUUGCUUCUCCAUUUAAUGGAUUUCCUGUGCCUAAAGUUCAUAUCGUCGCUGAUGAAACCAUUUGGCUUUAGAUGCCGCUACCUGCGAGACAAGAUCUGUGUGUGUGCGUCAAAGAUCGAUGACAAGACAUCAAUUGCCAGACUUUUAUAACACUGGAAUCGUGGUUACGGAUUAGAAUCGAUUUCUUUGUAAUUCGAAGAAAAAGCCGGUGGAGAAGAAAAGUUGAUGAAUCACUAAAGUGGAUACUGGAGGAUUACAAGAUUUCUGUUUCUCACUGUAACCAGUAGGAAGGUGAAAUCCUUUGCGAAAUCAUUAGUUUUCGAUUUUGCGAGAUCUCGAGAGACGAUUGAGUUGAAUGGAGGAGCGUAACGGUACUAACAAAAAACGAUUACUUUACAUCGAUACCUGGAUAGGUUGCAAAAAACAUUUGUCACAGACGUCAACAUGGCGGAACAACUUUUUGUGUAGCUAAUAGUAUUUUAUUCUGUCGAGAUAUUGGUGCAUGAUAUUGUUACAGAUGGAGUAACAUUAGUCAAUAGAUUUUUAAGUGGUAAGUAGUUACAUGAUGCAAAAGAUUCAGAUUUAAUGAUUUGAAGAUACAACAGGAAACUAUAUUUCUAGAAA